AUGCGUCAUUUAACAACUUCUCGUCUGGAAGAUACUAGAGAGAAUGUUGAGGAGGAGACUAGUAAAAAAAAAGUAGAGAAAAAAGUAUUUAAUAGAAGUAAAACCGUUAGUGAGGAAGAUGACAGUGUUUCCAAUGAAGUUCCAAGGAAAAAGAUAAUGCGUCAUUUGACAACUCGUCUGGAAGAUACCAGAGAGAAUAUUGAGGAGGAGACUAGCAAAAAAAAAGUAUUUAAUAGGAGUAAAACCGUUAGUGAGGAAGAUGACAGUGUUUCCAGUGAAGUUCCAAGGAAAAAGGCCAAAUAUGAUCAUGAGAGCAAAGGAGCUGAAAUUCUUUUCAAAAUGGGUUAUGAGGGACGUGGUCUUGGCAAAAGAGGACAAGGACGCACAGAACCAAUACCAAUGUCAACGCACCGAGGCCGUGAAGGCUUCGGAUACCGCAUACACGAAAAGAUUGAUGGGGAUUUGCUUGCUCCGGAGGUUCUCCCACAAGAAGAAAAAAUUGUGGAGGAGAAUGUUGUGUGGCUAUCAGCUGAUUCCGACAUCAGGGAGAAGUUUUUGCAUGAAUUAAGAGCAGCAGUUCAUGGCUGGAUUACAAUUGGUGACAGAAAGGACACAUUAGAUGGCGAAUACAAGUACUGUAACAAAGAUUUAGUGGAGAAAAUGUUGAGUGCGAAAUCAGCUUUCGAUGAAAUUAAUGCUCGAGUAUUGAUGGACGCUCGAACACGAGCAAAUCCUUACGAGACAAUCCGUUCUGUUUUCUUUCAAAAUCGAGCAGCGGUGAAAAUGGCAAAUUUGGAUCGCAUUUAUGACUGGUUACUAACUGGUAGAAAAAAAAGAAAUUUGGAAACUAAAAAUCCUGUGGCUACUGAUUCUAAAGAUGACAGAAGAGUUUCUGAUGCAAAUAUUGAUCGAUUAUCUCCGCUUUUUUAUUUUGCGGAUAUAUGCGCGGGUCCUGGCGGAUUUACUGAAUAUGUUUUGUGGAGAAAGCGUUUCUAUAAUGCCAAAGGCUUCGGAAUGACAUUGAAAGUAUUAUUUUUACUGGAAUGCUUUUAUGGUAGAAUUCAUUUUUCAGGAAAAGAUGAUUUCAAAUUAAAUCGUUUCAAAGCUGCUUCGCCUGCUUUUCUUGAGCGUUAUUAUGGUAAGCAUGGUGAUGGGGAUAUUACUAAGCCAGAAAAUAUUACAUCAUUUGAGGAAGUUGUAAAGCGUGGUACUAAUGGUGUGGGUGUAGAUCUAGUGAUGGCUGAUGGUGGAUUCUGUGUUGAUCAGCAGGAAAAUAUUCAGGAAAUCCUUUCAAAGCGUCUUUACUUAUGUCAGUUUUUGGUUGGUCUUUCUGUUUUGCGUAAGAAUUCAGAUAAUCCAGGAAGUGAUGGACGAUUUGUCUGUAAAUUGUUCGACAUUUUGACUCCUUUCAGUGUUGGUCUUAUUUAUCUGAUGUAUAUUACUUUUAAAAGAAUAUCAAUACAUAAACCGGUCACCAGUCGUCCUGCAAAUUCAGAAAGAUACAUUGUAUGUGAUAGUCUUCUGGAAAGUUAUGUUGAAGAAAUAAAAAAAUACAUGGUAAAAAUUAAUAAUGAAUUGGAUCGUUUGUCUGGUAAUAAGGAGCGAGAUGUUUUAGAGAUUGUUCCAGAAAGUAUAAUCUUUGCAGACAGAAAAUUUAAAGCAUAUAUCGUAGAACACAAUGAAAGAACAAUGAAAAAGCAAACAAACUCUCUGAUUAAAUACCGAAUUUUUGCUAAGAAUACAAGUUUGCUAGAUCAGGACCAAGAAAGAUUAAGAAAUGAAUGUCUUGGUUAUUGGGAGGUUCCUGAUAUUAACAAGAAGGAAUUCGACCAGAAAACGGAAUCUUUGUGUGCAGCAGUUGGUCGUCUCGUUAAGAUUUCCCUUCUCGAUAAUUUGAAAACAAGGCCACCACCUUUUGAUGCUGAAGUGUUAAUGACGAAGGCAAAUCGGAUGCGGUACGCUGAGUUGCGAAUGUGUGCUCUCUCAGAGAGAGAACUUCCAGUUUUAUUGAUUUCAAUUAAAACAGGAAUUUACUUUCAUCCGCCACGAAGUCAAGCAGAAUUUGAAAAAAUACCCUUGGUCGCCAAGAUACCACGAGAUACAGUGCUUCUGGUCCAAAUUUCUGAAUUUUACAAACAGUUGCAUCAGAAUGGUAAAUUAGAAAGUAAGCAACCGACGAUACGAAUUCUUGAUGCAGCAGUGCUAUGUGGUGAUGAUGUUUCCUCGCUUUCAUUUGAUGACCGAAUGGCGGCAGCUGAAAAAAUGUGUAAAGCCAUCCAAACAGAAUCUGUGACAUCAGACAAAAGAUUCGCAGUAGUUCAUGUUGCAAAAGUAAACUAUUUUUUUGAUCAGUUAACUGAAAUGCAAAUCAUUGUACUCAAACUUUUUUAUGUCUUUAAACUGGAUCAAAUGAAUUCGGAAAUGGAACGAUUUCAUCUUGUUCGUGCAAAUGGUGAAGAAAUCGCAGUAUUAAAGGAGGGUGAAGAAUCAUCUGCAUUUUUUUUUUACUGCCGCGGAAUGCGAAUCACAUCACUCUUAAUAAAUCCAUGGAUCAUGUGCUGGUCAAAAGGGCAAAAAAUGUUGUAUGCAUUUGAUCCUACUGCCCCACGUAAUCGCUCGUCCUUUUUUAGUGAGCAGUUCAAAGAAGUUCACUGUUGUGUAGAUUUUUGGAAAACGGUGGAAAUUAGAAAUUGUAGUGGUUCAUCAAAGAACGAUGGUUAUUGUUGGUUGUGGGAUUGGACGGCGAGAUUUGAAGAUUACGGACCAAGAUCGAUACUACAUAUGGAAGGCCACACUAAGGGGCUCACUGUGCGUUCCAUGCACAGCAUUAUUCAAGAGCAGAAACUUAAUGCUUCUUGCCAAAGACCUCCGUGUAACUGA